AUGGAUUUGGCUACUAGAGAUGAAGGCCUGUAUAGAGCCCGGUGGGCCAUAUUUGUUAUAUGGAUACUAGUUAUCCUUUUCUGUAUUUUCCUGAUUAAUUUAAGGAGACGAAGACGUGGGCAGCUGCCAAUUAUAGGGACAGCAUGGUUAGCACCUCCGAGCUAUGGACAGUCCCAAAGACAAUACAAUAGACCGGCAGAUGAUCCGACAGCAAUCCCUGUACCAGAAUAUACUGCGCAGCCAAAUUCCAACGUUGAUAUGGGCUUUUAUGACAAUACAGGUAAAUUCCACCCUGCAGAGGGAUCAGUACCCAAACCAGAACCGGUUGCUACUGUAAAUACUACUUAUUAUAAUCAAACGGCGGGGCCCAUUAAUAAUAACGAACCAUCGCAUAAUUUGCCUCAGACAACUGUUCCUCGUCAAAAUCAUGUAUAG